AUGAGAUUGAGCCCACCCUUCCCUGUCAACACUAGAUUGAAGCCCCCUUGUCCCCAUCGCUGCGAAGCAAGAGCCACCUGUCACUUGUUCAGAUCGGAGUUCCUUUUCUGUUUCUGUCUCCCCACGCCGCUAUCGUUGCCCAGAUCUCUGAAAGCCCAACAUCGCCGCCUGGAUCUCAGCGAAUCAGAAGGCCGCGCCAUUGCCCAAAUCUCCGCAAACCCUGAAUGCCGCUACCAAGACUUCGUGAACCCAAGGCCGCUACCUAGAAUUUGCAAACUUAGAACGCCGCCGCCACCUAGAGUCUGCAAACCCAACGCCAACGUUUUCAGCAAAGAGCGAAUAGCGAGGGUGUUGAAUGGCGAAAUCCUCUCUCACUCCAAUUCACAAUCCUCUCUCUCACUCCAAUUCACAAUCCUCUUCUCUCUUUCUCUAUCCGCUGCCUACUCCAUCUCUUCCUCUCUCAAGUCGCUUUCGCUAUCCGCACCCUCCGGAGCCCCCAAGGCCACUCCUUCCGAUUUGCUCUCUCUUCUCGGCCCCAAACGCCGCUCCUCGGCGGUCAAUCCUCUUGUGGCCCAAGAACUCAAGUCAUGCUUCAAAUUUCUCGUGCCUUUUACUCCGAAUCGGAACGAAACGGUCCGUGGAAGCUGGUUUUCCCAUAGAAGGAGCUUGAGACCGGACAGAAAUGGAGGUCGGACGAGGAGAGAGGAGGAGGAGAACGAGCUCGUUUGGUGGCCCCCACGGCCAGUGUUGGAAUUGGCUCGGCUCGCCGUCGAUUCCGGUGGCGAUCCCGGAGCUAUUCAUAGAGCUCUUGACCCGACCAUAAUUCCUGUACCUGAUGUUGAAGGAUCAGAAGAAGUAAGGUGUCAGCUCACCAGAACACCAUAUGGGAGACACUUUAUAAGUGAGGAACUGAAUUCGUACUUUGAGUUGUUGUUUGAACUUAUUGUUGCUAGGGCUCCCGCUAUUGGGUUGAAUUUAUCGUUGACUCGCUAUGAUUUGUUUCAUGGGCACCUUUUAAUUGCCAGAGACACCGGAAGACUUGGUAUAUUGUUUCAUGCAAAAGAAUACCCAGCAUUUGAUAAAAAAACGUUUCCAUACAACAUGGGCUAUUGUCAAAGAGGGUCAAAUGUGACAUAUGAUGAUUCAAUGAACUUGCGAAAUAUUCUUUGGCUGGCUCCGUUGCCCAGCAAUUCAAACAAAGCUUGGGAAGCACCAGGUGUCCUGGUGGUGCUGGAUGCCCGUCCCGGAGGAAUUAUAUAUCGAGAUAUUAUACCUGAAUAUGCCAAUUUUGUGAGAACCAUAUAUGAAGAUGAUCUCGGGGAUGUUAUAGUCGAUGUCAAUUACUUGAACGUAGGAGAUGAAGUCCCAAAUUAUAAACUUUUCAUUUGUUGACAUUCUUUGUAAGUUACACCCGAACUUGUUUUACCCUUUUUUUUCUCUCUCCUGGCCAAUGGUGGUUGAACAGUAAAUCAAUCUCAAAUAACAGAUUGCCAUAAUAUUUGUGGAAAAACCGAGUAAUUGGAGAGGA